AGCGGGUGACGCUGUUCAGGGAGGGGCCGGGCCUGAGGCCUGUGAGCGGCUGCGGGAGAUAGAGAAUAAUCUGUAAAUACCCAGAGAGAGGGAGAGGAACAGGCUUCAGAUCAAGACACACCCGAACAGGAAUUGUUGUGCGGCAAAAUAUAAUGACUGGACCGAGACUUGUGAAGCCCUGGGCCAGAUGUGCUGUUUUAAUGCCUGGACUAUAAUAGCAGAUGUGCAGUUGUGCUGCCUGUGGAUGACGACUCAGUCUGCACACUGAGACCGGCGGGUGCCACAUCUGGCGUUUACCACAAACAUGGUGGACUGUGACAGUGGCCGUGAUUCCACAUUCCAGAGCUCCUGCUGCACCGUGAGCAGUGGGACAAUGGACGAUUGCAGCAACCAUGGACAGUACUCCCAGUCUGUCUACGAGGAGAUGCAGGGCUAUGAUGUGGAAUUUGACCCACCGCUGGAGAACAAAUACGAGUGUCCCAUUUGUCUGAUGGCGUUAAGGGAGGCAGUGCAGACACCCUGUGGUCACAGGUUCUGUAGAGGCUGCAUUGUAAAAUCUAUCAGGGAUGCUGGACACAAGUGCCCUGUGGAUAAUGAGAUGUUGACCGAAACCCAACUUUUUCCAGAUAAUUUUGCAAAACGGGAAAUUCUUUCCCUGACAGUCAAAUGUCCCAACAAGGGCUGCUAUCAGAAAAUGGAGCUACGACAUUUGGAGGAACACCAGGAGCAGUGCGAAUACGCCUUUGUUGACUGUCAUCAAUGUGAUGCUUUGCUCAGGCGAAAGGAACUGCAGGAGCACAUGGACUCGGACUGUCCUAAGAGACGCGUUGCCUGUGAGAACUGUGCCAUGCUGAUGGCCUUUCAGGACAAAAAGGGUCAUGAUCAGAAUUGCCCUUUGGCCAACGUUACCUGUGAAUACUGCAACAUGGAGCUAAUCCGAGAACAGAUGCAGAACCAUUAUAACCUGGACUGUCCAAAAGCACCCGUCCCCUGCACUUUUAGUGCCUUUGGCUGCCCAGAAAAGAUGCAGAGGAAUGACCUGGCGAUGCACCUACAGGAUUACACACAGGCCCACAUGCGGAUGAUGGCCCAGACGCUGCGCAGUGUAAGCUCAGGACUCAGCUCCCAUGUGCCAUCCAUUGACAUCCUGAAUGCAGAAGAUGACUUCCAGCCAGUGACACUCCCUGGGUCACUGCAGGCCUCACACUCUCAGUCAUCGCCAGCACUCGGGGUCCCACCGUCUUGUGACUGCUCACCUCUGAUCCAGAAUCUGAGGGAGACCGUCCAGCAACUGGAGGGCCGUCUGGUCCGGCAGGACCAUCAGAUCCGGGAGCUCACCGCUAAGAUGGGGACACAGAGCGGCCAGGUGGGGGAUCUGAAACGGAGUGUCCGGGCGCUGGAGAAACACGUCAGUGAGUUGGAGGCCCACCAGUGCAAUGGGAUUUUCAUCUGGAGGGUGGAAAACUUCGCCAGCCACCUGCAGGCGCAGGCAGAGGAUCAGCCAGUGGUGCUGCACAGCCCUGGCUUUUAUACAGGCAAGCCAGGGUACAAGCUCUGCCUCCGCCUGCACUUGCAGUCUCCCAGUGCCCAGCGCUGCUCCAACUACAUCUCACUCUUUGUACACACCAUGCAGGGCGAAUAUGACAGCUACCUGAGCUGGCCCUUUCAGGGCACCAUCCGGCUCUCUAUACUUGACCAGUCGGAGGGCCCAAUCAGGCAGAACCACGAGGAGAUCAUGGAGAGCAAACCCGAGCUGCUGGCCUUCCAGCGGCCUACUCAGUGCCGCAACCCGAAGGGCUUUGGCUACGUCACCUUCCUGCACCUCAAAGCCCUCCAGCAGCGCACCUACGUGAAAGAUGACAUGCUGCUGGUCCGGUGUGAGGUUGUGACACGUUCUGAUCUGAACUGGAUGAGGAAGGAUGACUUCCAAGCCCGCUCAGCAGAAGGUGGUCUGUGAGACUUGGCUGCUGCAGCAGUACCACUAAUUUUACACUCCCAGGCCCUGGGGCCUAUUACAAUACAAGCAGUACGUCAUUCAAAGAAACCCCAUGCCUUCCUUCCUCAAUGACUCUUGUGUAAACUGAAUGGCCUGUUGCUAUCAGUGAUGGUUACAGACGGGCUGGGGAAUUUGAGUUAACAUUGCCUAUGAUGUAUUAUCACUGGUUUAUAUGAAUAAAUUUGUAUACACAA